AUGGAUUCUCAUAAACAUAAGCAAGUGUCAAAAAAUAAAAAAGAACAAAAUUAUUCCAGUAAUGAUGACUCCAAAAUUAAAAGAUAUAUUCUGCUUACCUAUUAUUUAAUUAUUUUACUGGGAGUUCCAAUAUGGUGGAAAACCACUACGUACUAUCGGGCUUCUAUGCCUUUUCAUGAGAUGGAAAAUGCCAGAUAUAAGCUGGAAUCCAAUCUACAAUUCACUCCGACGUUUAGAAUUGUAGAUGACCCAGCUGGAAGAAUAACGUAUCUUUCUGACAAGCUAAUGAAUGAAGAGCCCCAGUAUUCGUUUUAUGAAAUUCAAUUUACAAGGUCCGAAGCGGCUGACUAUUUAAUCUGCUUAACGAAGUCUUCUAAAAAUUCCUGGUAUUGGAAAGGGAGGAGUCUACACUUAGACUACAAGGAGGAUUUUUCAGACAAUGAAGUUGCCAUAAUGUUAGUAAAUCGCCUAUAUGCGGUUUUCAGUCCAGAAAUCAUGGACAUAUCUGCGAAAUAUUCCCGGCUGACAUCGAAAAACAUUCCUGCCACAGUGUACAAUAAGCGGUCAAUUCAAUUUUCACCUCAGUACCGUAUUCUGUUAAGUUUAUUCUUGGGUGAAGGAUCCCAUGAACUUAAUGGUUGGGAAAUUGAGAGUGCCAUUGCCAAAUUUUUACAGCCUUUAACUCAACAGCUUUCUCAAAUUAUGAACUUGACCGUAGAGUCUCAGGUACAAUACUUUGUGGACGACCCACCAGUCACCUCUAAGGAAGGAGAAUAUCGAACGGCAUUUUCUGAUUUCCCUAAAUUUGUUAAUAAUCUUGAAAAGUAUCUCACUAUUAAUCCGAAUGUACGAGAGCCUACUCUACAUUUUUUGUUGUAUGUGCCUUCCAAAGAGAUACAGCCAUUGAAAUUGGAAGAUCAACAUGGUAAAGAAGUUGCAACGAAUUCGAUGCUUUUACCUCAAUGGGGUUCGAUUAUUAUCACAAAUACAAACAAAUCUUCUUCUAAUUAUCUGAGGGAUAUCGACAUGAAGUUUCAGUUUCGUACUAUAUCAAGAGAUCUUCUUUUACUAUUAGGUGUAGAUGAUUAUUCAUCUUUCAGUCUAAACCCGGUAAUAAUGGAAAGAAUGCUAAGGCAAAGGAUAGCUGAAAGCCUAGUUGCAACGACCGAUACACUCCUGAAUCUUUCAAAGCUCAUUAAGUCAAUUGAAAACAUGGCUGUCCCUAAAGAAAUACAGUCAUACGCGAAAGACGCUUUGAAGUCAUUGGACCUCGCAUACGAUACCCUUUCAGAGCGGAAAUUAAGUGAAACUCUUUCGCAUAGCACGAAUUCCUUUGAAAAGGCACAAAAAGCUCUAUUUCAUCCAAGUAUGGUGACCACUGUAUAUUUUCCUGAUGAAUCAAAGUACGGAAUCUAUGCGCCCUUAUUUGCACCUAUCAUGAUCCCUUUGUUAUUGUCAUUCAUCAAAACAAUUCGUAAUGCAGUAAAAUCGAUGCCGAUUUCUCUUCGAAGACAAAAGACAAAAGACAAAAGAAAUUAG